AUGGCCCUGUCCCCGCACCCCUGGGUGGCCCUGGUGGUGGCCCUGGUGGCUUUGGUGGCCCCGGUGGUGGCCGUGGUGGCCCCAGGGCGGCAGUGGUGCAGCACCAGCAUCCGGCACGGCCCCUUCGAGCGCUUCCGGUCCAGGAAGGGCCUCAUGGAGGUGACAAACGGGGGACCCUGGGGACAGUGGGGGGACCCUGAGUUCUGUCCCCCAGGGUCCUUCGCCAGCGGCUUCCAGCUGAAGGUGCACCCCCACCAGGGGCUCUUCGGGGACGACACGGGGCUGAACGGGGUGCGGCUGUUGUGUGACACCGGCAGGGACACGGUCACCUCCAGCCUGGGACCUUUGGGUUCCUGGGGCCCUGCCAGGACGUGUCCCCCCAGGGAGCGCCUGGUGUCCUUCCGGCUGCGCGUGGAGCCCUCGCGGGGCGUGUGGGACGACGCUGCUGCCACUGACAUGGCCGCCACCUGCUCGGGUGGACACCGGCUGGAGGGCGGGGGGCUUGACUGGGGGGACUGGGGGGACUGGAGCGAGCGCUGCGUCCUGGGCUGCGGCGUCUGCGGCGUCCGCGCCCGUGUGGAGACCCCCGACACCUCUGACGACAGCGGCCUCAACGACCUCCAGCUCUACUGCUGCACCUGAGGGGGAUGCACGGGCACCUGAGCACCCCCCAUGGACACCUGAGACCCCCCAUGGUCACCUGAGCCACCCCCAUGGUCACCUGAG